AUGUCGACUUCAUCUGGUGAAACAAUUGCUGUCACAGAUUCUCCAAGUGUUCUUCAUGUGAACAUGGUGAAUGUAACCAAACUUAACCACACAAAUUUUUUGAUGUGGAGUCGUCAAGUUCUUGCCCUUCUCGACGGAUACGAUCUCACUGGAUACGUCGAUGGCUCAUUGGAAACGCCUCCUCCCACCAACACUGUGUCAGGUGUUGCUACGGUCAAUCCAGAGUACAAGAUCUGGAAACAUCAAGACCGUCUUAUUUACAGUGCUCUACUUGGUGCCAUGACGGACUCGGUUCAACCGCUACUCUCCAACACAACCACAUCAGCGGAGAUUUGGACUACUCUCUCGUCGAUCUAUGCCACUCUUAGCCGCUCUCACAUUCAGCAGGUGAAGCAACAUAUUGAUCUCUGGACCAAAGGCGACAAGUCUGUUGAAGAAUACUUUCAUGGUCUUACCACUCGGUUUGAUCAGCUGGCCCAUCUGGGCAAACCUAUGGAGCUUGAUGACAAGAUUGAACAUAUUCUAAAGGGACUCCCUGAAGAUUACCGGCGUGUUUUUGAUCAACUGGAAGGCCGUGAAAGCUCCCCGUCUCUCCCUGAAGUUUUGGAGAAGAUGAUCAACCAAGAGAACAAGCUCAAAGCUGCGCUUGUCUCUUCUUCCUCGCUACCAGUGACUGCUAAUGCAGUUCACGUUCGUGGUGGUCAUAACAAUCGUGGUCAGCCACGAUCGAAUUGUUGUAACCACACAUCACCGCGGGGAUACCAAGGACGUUGUCAAAUCAGUGGGAUUCAUGGGCACAGUGCCCGACGGUGCUCUCAACUCCAGCUUAAUGGCAGACAAUACUCCUCACUCUCGCUGUCUCUGAUGCCUCCAGUGCCAUGGCAGCCUCGCGCUCAUCUCGCUACCGCUGCGUCCUCAACGACGAACAAUCCUUGGCUGCUUGAUUCGGGUGCUACGCAUCACUUGACCACCGACCUGAACAAUCUCGCUCUCCAUCAACUCUAUAAUGGUGGUGAGGAAGUGACCAUCACUGAUGGUUCCGGUCUCAACAUCUCGCAUACGGGUGACGGAUCUCAAAACGGGGGUCCGGUUACUCCAAGGCCGAACAAAAAAUGA